CCAGCUUUCACUGACGCCACACUGUUGUGAAAGCUCUUGUUGGUAGUCGUUUUCAGCGUUUGUCCUGCCAUCCCUCGAAUCUCGUGUGUUCCGGAGAAGAAUCAACUUCACGAGUGCUCUUCAAUCAUUUUACGAGACGACUAGGUAAACCCCAACUUCCCCAGAACGAGUUUUGGAGAGAGAUCGUAAUUAAGAUCAUUACGUGUUAACGGGUGACUGGAGCCAAUUUUGGGCUUUAAUUUAGCAAACAAAGAGAAAGGGGCGGGUGUGAAACGUAUUGUAAUGGGUCAGAAAAGCUUGAAUUUCUCUGUAAACAAGUGUAUUCGAGCUCAGUAUAACUCUGACCUAUGUCAAGUCACUUAUCAAACAACCCAACCUUCUUGUAAGUUUGCCGAGCCGAGAGAAGAGCCUGGCGUUCAGCAACAACGACGGUACACGACCGAGGAACUUUCCCGUUGGAUCCAGCGCUUCACCAAAGCGAAAAUUGCGUCGCGGAAGCAGCACGACUUGCGACGAGAGGUUUUACUUCACAAUGCCUUUAUUUUCGCCCAGUCUGAGGUCAAAUGUCGUCAAAUGGAACGUCAGAAGAGGUGGAAGGAAUUGAAGCCCUUGCUGUUCUUGGAAACGGCUACACACGACGAGCUGGGAAGGGAAGGAGAGAAUAAAAUGGCGACGUCGGCACACAAAAUGGCGGAUGGCGUUCAGCAAAUGGCGGUCGAGGAAGAAAUGGACUUGGAAAGACCUUCAACGCCCCUUCCUAGCGUAACGGCAGCCUCGAAACGUCAUCGUUGUGGUUGUUUGCCGUCCAACAGAUGUGAUUGUGGCAUGGAAGAUUCCAGCAUAUCUCAAGCCCACAAGAAAUUUCGCCCCUCAUCACGAGAUGAAGAUGACGAUCUGAAGAGUUUGGACCGUUUCCUUUUGUCUCUGCAUUGUAACACUCGUCAAGUCGUCGACUGGGAGAACAUCUUCAUCUACCAAAUGUGCCCAACUGAUUGAGAUGUUGCGAAUAUCCUGCACCUUGUCAACAUGUCCAUAGCUGAGAGAUAUGGAUCACUUGGUGCCCAUGAGGUAGUUGAUGACUCCAUGAAUGAGGUGAAAGAAUGAAACAUGAACCGACUUGCUCAGGUGUGAAACUUUUCCCUUUGGGCUUAGCUCCAAACCCAUAAGUGAUCGUAAAUUUAUAAACUUAAAACAUGUUAACUCAGCAGCAUCAGACACAAAAAUCUACAUAACAAAGUGUUGGUUCAUAUUGAAUCA